AGUCUCUUUUCUAACGAGAAAAAUCCUCAAUUAGAAUUACAUUGCUUCGAUGUAUACAGAAAACAGUUUGAUCUAAAGUCAGGAUGAAUCCGAACAAUUUCAAUUUGCCCACGGGGAACGGUGGCACCCCAGGAUUUGGUUCUUCAAGCUCAAGUAGUUCCUCUUCCGCGAACCUUCACGCUGGGGGACAUCAGGUGGCCAACCACUCCGCAUUCCUUGGCCAGCUUAGUCCGGCAGAGCAGCAGUUGUGGCAUCAGCUCACCGCCAUCCUCGCGAAUCCGCAGGGACGCGGAUUGAUGGACCUGACACCGGCCCAAGCGCAACAGGUGUUGCAGAGCCCCACGCUUACGAACUGGUGGGCGCAGCAAGUGCAAGAAAAUAGAAAUACACCACCAGGAAUGCAACUCCGCUAUCAAGGACAACACCAGCAGCAGCUGACGCAGCAACAACAGCCUGCGUGGCAGAAUUCCGCCGUCCAGCAACAGCAGUUUACGCAGCAGCAGCAACAAAGUCAUGCUGUAGCGCAGAUUGUACAACCCAAGUUUCAAGUCGGGCAUAGAGUCGCGUUAUUGUGGUCGAAAUUUGGAGGUCAGUACAGAGUGCUGUUGAAUUUUGUUCCGUGAUCGCGGGCUCUUUUCCACGAAGGAAACGGAUUCUUGAUCUAUGUAUGCUACGGACCAUCUACAUUUUUGAUUCGUAGAAGCUCUUCAAACUACAAUGCUUCGUCAUUCAUUGAAAAUGAGACCUUCAUCAACAUAAAAAACCAGGCAUGAUACAAGACCGCACUAACGGAAUCGUAGUCGAGGUUUUCGCAGCACCAUCCGCAUCACGAAUUCCUGGCGACGUCAAGUACUGCUACACGAUUGAAAAAUGUGAAGUGCCGUAUUCCUACGACUUUACGCACAACUUCAACUCGGAGACCGCACUGGACAAAGUGCCACUGCUGACCCCGGUUCCGGAGGAAAAGUUGUCCCUGGCGCAGUUUCCGGGUUUUCCCCUUGCGGAGCAGUGCCGGCCAGGCACGGUGGGGUCCUUGAAGCAAGUUGCAAGCGGUAAUGGCGGGAGCGUCGAAAUACUGUGUCUGGUCUGCGGGCAUUGGCGCUUGGCGCGAGUAACUACUUCAAACCAGCCGCACUUGGGAUUCACCCAGGCCCAGAUUGUCGAGUCAAUAACAACAUCCAACGCCGCAUUCUUUCAGUACCUGCCAAACCACGCCGCUUUUCCGAGUGCGAUUUGGAAGCACGUGCCGUCGGUGCCCAAAGCAAAGUUCGCGGUGGGUGAUAAAGUCUGUUUUCGCGGAUACAACACGACCGACACAAGAUUAUGGAAAGGCCUCCAGCGCGGAAUCGUUUGUCAAGUCGGGACAGCCAACACGAACACCCUCGACGCGUCAGCAGGUAAGUACGAGCGCAGUUACCAGGUUGAGGCUAUCGAGACGAAGAAAAUAAAAUCAGUCUGUUCUUUCAGAAAGCCCUUUCUGUCAGAAAGCACCGCCCUAAGCGGCGACUCCGAUCUGUGUACCGCACCGGCGUCCUGGUCUGUUUCCGUGCUGGAGAGCGUGCUCUUCGAAGACAGUACAUUUGGGGCCACAUCAUCAGACGAUCUGCAGAGCGAGGGCAACACGGUCGGAGCACUACGGCAGCAGCUGGCAAGCUCAUCUUCAGGAUCAUCUACGAGCUCAACCAAUCUCGACCCGGGACUCACAUCGUCGCGCAUUAGUCCAGUGCUGGUGAGGAUCACUGACCCGGCCUCCCGUAUGGAGAUGAACUGUUCAACUUCGCCGUUGUUGGCCCAAGUUCUCCUUAUCUUUGAAUGUUGACAUCAAAUUGAAAUUCGUGAUAUUUGCAUUAGUGUCCUUGUAUUGACCGCACAUGGAAGAAAUAGAAACUUCGCCCGCACUGUUUGUUGCCAUAGACUCUAGUGACUUCGCCAUGUUUUUAUGUUUGGUUUCAUUUGAUAGGCAACCGCAACGGUGGAUUUCUUUGGCGUGAUAAAUUCCAAUACUAAUCCGCCUUCUUGGCAUGUCGCGUACCUGUGUGGCGUAUCUUCGCAGCUGAACAAAUACCAGACCUGUUUUGAAUUGCCGCACAAGCCAAAUAAACCGGGCGCCGGUCCCGGCUGGACAAAAAGAUACUUUGAUCUACCCAACGAUACUCCGUUCCCCGGGCCUCUUGUGAAGGCCGUCCCGGAACCACAGCCGCCGCUUUUUGACGUCGGGCGGAAAGUUUGCUUUCGCCGGAGUUCUUGCAACACAAAUCGCGAGGUCUCUACGAAGCGCACAUCACAUCCCGAGUACUUCGGUAUAAUCGACACCAUAGUGCCGGAGGAAGCAUCGCUUUCUGACUGCCAGUUCACUGCUGAUGGGACUCGGCGCAGCAGGGAGUACAGGGUAGUGCUUGUUGCUUAUGAAGAUCUCCGCUACAACGAGGAGAACGCGCUUCCUUACUACCUACGGGUCCUCGAGGAAGAUCUGCAGGCACAUGAUUUUCAGGGCUUCGAUCGGCCGGAGCAGUGCGCUGGCGGCACUGUCGGGGCUCUUCGCUGGGCUGAACGCACGAUCAGUACUACUCUUCCAGGGCACCGGACCCGCAUCUUGAUGAACUGGAAUCGCGGCGGUCCCAGGAGCGGUGCUUCUCCCAACUGGCUCCCUGCGGAAGUCUGCCCGGAGUCUGCCCAGCCCUUUCGUACGCACACGAAGUUUUCGUCUUACCAGGGGAAUCACACACAGUUCCUUCCGAACCACUACCCCUUCCCACCAGCCGGCGACAAGAACAAGUGCAAAUUGAUGCUGCCGAAGUUCUCGUUUCCUGUCGGCGCUUUAGUCGAGUUUUUGAGCGACGACUCUGCGUCAUGGCUCAAGGGCGAAGUUGUGUGCCAUUGGCGGAACAACGAAUUCCUGAUGGUGAUCGCGAGGGCAGACGGCCGCGGACAAGAGAAGAAAUUGGCGAAAGGCGAUGCUGGUCUCGAAGACGGGGUCCGGCCACUGUCCUCCGUUGUGUCGGCGGGUGCGUCAGCAACGACAGACCGGUUUGCCGUAGACGAUUUCGGCAGGAUGGAGAAAACAACUUCUUCGUCACCAAAUUUCUCCAAUCAAGCGCCAGCAGGAAAAGACGACGUAAUGAAGGAUAAGGAGGUGAUAGAACAAAAUCCAUUCGGACCAUCGCCGUGGAUUGCAACUUCAGGGGCUGCUGCAGAUCACGACAUGCAUGCGGACGCUCACCGAUUAAAAAUGGAGCCCCCGAAGAUGUUCUUGAAGUACGACCAACAGACCGAUACCAUGGUGAUUGCCGAGUUUUCAUUCGCGCACAAGACGCGACGGCGAGAACCAUUUCAGCGCAUUUUGCAAAGCGAAGAGGAAAUCGGUGAGUAUGUGAAGAACUUGCAGCGGGAUAAUUAUGCGUUGCAGCAGCUCGCAAAUGCACCACCAGAAGUUGUUGCUGUUUCAUCAGUUUCCGUGCCAUCAUCAUCUUCUUCUGCCCUGCCAUCUUCAUCUUUGCCGAUGGAAAAUGAAAUAUCAGAAGCAGUGGCGACUACAUUUGAGGAGUACGCCUCGAUGGUCAUGAACGGGCGGGCGAAACAAGCCAACUACACCAACGUCCCGUCAUCUCAUGACCCCAGCAGCAGCUUUCACUCUGUCUCCCUUGGGCACCGCCAGCACAACCAGGAGGAGCAAGGAAACAACUACGAGGAGCCUGCCUUGCCUUUGCGUCGCUACCCUGAACUGCCAGGAAAGCCGACGCGGAUGACUGUCAAGACGGCUCUGGCAAAAAACUCGAGCACUACGGUGCUGCGGAGGUUUCAUAACCACCUCACCGCAGGGGCACCGCGCGAAGCCGCGCCAGACGUGUUGGAAGGCGUAGAGCUCUGGAUCGAGAUUUCGGAGACAGGCUUCAAGCGCGUCGAGAAAUUCCUCGCGAAAAACCUCAAGCCGGUCCUGGACGCGAUGGCGGAGAAGAGUUUCAGCAAAGCGGACAAAGUAGAGCAGAGAUUGCGACUCCUCCCACUUGUUUCAAGUAACCGCAAAACGAAAGCUGCGCCCGCGGCAGUGAAGGCCGGCGAGCUUGUGGAAAAGAUCGCAAACAACAACGAGCGAGCACGUAUUGACCUCGAGAUAAAGCGGCAAGGCGCAACCUUGUUCAACCAGCAUUACAAACGACACCCACUCAAACCAGUUCCUCAGAACAUGCUUGCCAAGCUGAUGAAGCUACAACCAGCGUCGGCUAAAGAACGGCAACGGCUCGAGGACCUCCUUCCUGCCGCACUGAGUACCAAGCUCGCCAUCCCAAACAACGCGGAUACGCCAGAAGCACCGGCGCCGAAGAAGUGGACGGCAGACCCAUCGUUGCAACUCCGCCCGGAACAGAAGCAGGCGUUGGCCUGGAUGAUACAGAGGGAAAAUUGUCCAGAGACAUUCACUAUCACCCAGAAAAAAGCCGUGGCGCCGAAGAUUUUUAGCAGCUGCUACAGUACAUGUACAACCAACAGCAGCACCAACGGCGGGUCCCCGGCAGCUGCGGGGCAAUUUUUACUCGAGUUUGAACUGACCUACCAGUACAAUCUCAAUGGCGGCAUUUUGGCCGACAAGGUGGGCUUUGGCAAAACGGCCACCCUUCUGUCGCUGCUGGCAAGUCAGGAAGAUCUGGCAAUGGGGCGACAAGGAGGCUCCUCGGAUGCGAGAAAGGGCAGGGACUUGAAGGAAAACGAAAAACAAGCGAAAAUAACAAGCAAGCGGAAAACAAACAACAACAAGAAGAAGAAGGAGCAGUCGGGGCUCAUUGCACUACCAGACAUGUUAGCAGAAGAUGAAGAUCAGAAACGCAAACGACCCGAGGACGAUGCUGACCAACAAAUGCACAACAUCAAUCAUGACAACACUGCGCCAUCCAGCCCGUCUCCCCAUGACCUCAUUGCCCGCGAGUCCAAGGCAUUUUUCCCGGCCCCGAAAACAACACUGAUUCUGGUCCCCAGCCACUUGAUUGACCAGUGGUUAUCCUGAGUAAAAACGACUCUAUUUGCACACAAGAUCAAGAAAAAAAGACGCUUAUUUCGCUGUGUAGUACAGGGUCAAGAAGAUGAUCAUGUGGGUUUUUUUCCCGGUAGAUGCAAAAAACAAAAAGAUCUCCUAACAAGCUGAUCAUGAGCAUGACAAGUUUUGUACGUUGAACUACUCGUCUGUAAAUUAAUAUUCGAGUCGUUGUUGUACGGGAUAAAUUUCCAAAGAAAUCCAGAAAUUCUGCACGAGUUACAAGUGGUCAGUGCUUGUGAUGAAGGACGUGCGGGGGAUAACGACGCGGAGCGCAAAAGAGCUGGCAGGAUAUGACAUCAUCCUGUGUACGUUUCAGUGCCUGUACUCCUCCGUCUACGCCAAGCGCGUCCUGGACUUUCUGGACAAAGACGACACGGGUGGCCGGACGCUCGGCCCAAACGCGUCCUACAGUGUGCAGGACCUGCGAAAAGCAACCGCGGACUAUAUUCAAGCCUGGGAUGAUCAUCAGCGCGGCAGUGCCAAUGCUGCGGCGGGUGCCAAUCCUGCUGCGGACCAACUGAAAGCGACCCGCACGUCCUACUUCGAGUCGCGAUUUUUCAAGGGCAGCGCAGGACUGACGCAGAACAAAAUCAAGAGCUUGGUGCAGGGCAACGGUGGUCCAGAGGGGGUUUUGAAAAAAUCGAAAUCCGAAGACCUGCUGUUUCCGGUUUUCGAGCAGUUCUUCUUUCGCAGAAUUGUCUAUGACGAAUUUCACGAAGCGGAAUGCAUCAAGGGAAAGACAGGAAUUCUGAUCGGGUUGAAAGCGGUUUCGAAGUGGGGACUUUAUCAAGUGGAAGCGCAGUGGUUCGAUGCAGUGUUUGCCUUAACCUCCAAAGCUUGGUGGCGAAGAUCUACAACUCUUGUCUGGUGUUAUAAUGUCUUGACAAAGGGCUACGGCCAUGGCGUAUGUCUAUGUAGUCAUAGCUACCCCGCCCAAAAUUCUACUCUUGUCUAGAAACGAUGCGCAUUAUUUGCCUGAAGAACCUUGUUCAUCAUGACGCAGCCCCCUAUCGUCCUGGCACGCUUCCUUUGGAGAGUAGGGCGAGGGCCACCACUUUUCCACUUGAUACCCCAACUGGCACCCCCACGGUGGACUCGGUCCAGAAUACCAAAAUCACUGCCGGGGUCUUCGGCAUCGAUAUCAUCGUCAACGGCCUCCAACCGGGCGCCGACUUUACAGAAAAGGGCCCACAGUUCGGCCACGGCAAGAUGCCCCCUCCCGAAAUCCGUGCAAUUGAGGACAGGGACGAGAGGCUGCGAAAGACUGCGGAAUGGAAGCAGGAGCAAUGUUGGAGAGCAUCAAGGGAAGGCGAUCCGAGCAGAGUGUUGGCCCCGCCGUGUGUCUCUCGGGUGCUCCAUAUGGCGUUCUCAACUGUUCCAUCCUCAACUGUUACAUGGGUUUGUGAUGCAAGAACUGCAACAGUAAAUGUAAAAGUGAAUGUGAAAUAGGGGGCCUUGCGGUUCUUGCAUGACAGAUUUGGCAAAGAUUCUCAGGCUCUUGGGCUCGUCGGAAAUUUGUCAUGCGAAGCAGCUUGAUCGUGUCGAUUCUGAUUGCAAUUCUGCGUGACAGAAUGUAACAGUUGAGCACGCCAUACUCCACGAAAACGCGCAGGGCUUCAUCAAUGCCUGCAUUCGGCAGAACUCCGAAAAUGCGAUGGUCUCCAGCAUCAAGCAGGUACAACACGCAGUCUAUGAGAGUGCACAACCCCGCCUCCCCCUCAGUGGCAUGAACGGCAAUACAAGCGUCCCCAAGACUGCCGGUCCUGCAUGAAAAAAUUGCAUUGAAGCGCAGUGCGAUUGAUUUGGGCUGCCAGGAGGACUUGUCGUCCAAACAGUGCCAAAAGGCACAGCCUGCAUUUCUUUGAGGAUAUCUUGCAUGACAAAAUGUCAGUGCGGGUGCGAGCGGGGGGUUGUGCACUUUCACAAGGUCGCAGUGGAAUUCACAGCUGCCGAGCGGGCACUCUACGUCGCAACGGAGGCGCAGCUUUCAGCAAGAAACGGGAUUGACGUUUCCGCCAGCCAACUCUCCGAACCUGUGCUCAACCGGUGCAGCCAAUUGCUGCAGCGCUGCUCGCACUUCUCCGCAGGAACAAACGCCGCAAGCCCGGCUGAGGAGAUGAAGCGGCAGCACAAAACGACAAAAGCAGAGAUCGCCGCGCAACUGGUAAUUGCAAAAGCGGCUGUUGCGCAGCUAGAGCUGUUGCGCCGCGCGUGUGCAGGGGGACAGGUGGCAGGUCACGGCGGGAAUGAUAAAGCGGUGAAUAGAGCAGGGGCUAGAGGGGCUCCGUCAUCCUCCCUCUCGGCCGCACUAGUCGCGGCUCCUGUUCCUGGUCAGCUUGCCCGGGCAGUGAAAAGAACAACCAAUAAAACAGCAACAUCUUCAAAGUCAUUCGCAUCUUCCUUUUCGGUCCCAGCUAGUGGUAGCAAUGUGGAGGUCUCUUUGAUGAAUAUCAAAUCCUCUUCCAAAGCAAAGGGCAAAGGAAAGCAAGCUGCGGCUGCGGAAGACAAAAGACAAAAUGCUGCAGAGAAACAACAAGAUGAAGAUCGUCCUGAAGACGAUGAAGAGUUGAGUGAAGAAAUAUUAGUCCUCAGAAUCGAACCAGCUGCCAAGAAGCGAAAGGGACAGGAGGGAAAUGCCCUCCUUCCGGGCUCAAAUACUGAUGCAGGCAACUACAACAAGAUGAAAAACAAAAGCACAAGUAGUACCGAAGGACAGAACCAUGAUCAAGAAAACGAACCAACGCCACCCGGCGAUCAAGCAAUAAAUCUCUUUGCUCGCCGCCCGAUCACGAAUGCAGCAGCAGCCUCUUCGCCCCUCGUUUCCUUCUUGACAACCCACUGCAGCUCCGUACAGGAAACCUUCGCCUCCUUCUUCGGACACACAUCGGAGUGUUUGAAACUUGGCCAGGACCAGCUCUGGAAACUCCUCUACGAGCAGGUAUGUGGCUACAAAGACGAGAAGCUCGCGUCGCUUGCCUUUCCGCCGGCGCUGGAAAGCGCAAUGAACGCAGCGUACGGAGAGGAUGCGGAGGUUUUCCAGACACGCAAAGAGUUUCUGGUUAAAACAAGCACGACUUCUGGCACAGCUGUUGUGGUGCAGCAAAAUGUUGCGCAACUGCAACGACCAGCAGCACAACUACAGGAUAAAGACGCGGCGAAGCAGCAGAACAAAAAAGUUCCUUCUUUGUUGGAUUUAGCGACAGCUUCGGUCUCCAAUGAACUACAGGAAGACAUCAAACAGCAACCUUCGAAUCGUGGAAACAAGAAGGCGGAUCCAGCUACUACUCAAGCAAAAAAUAACGGGAAUAAAGCGGCGAACAUGAAGAAGAUGAAGAAGGCUGUGGAAGAAGUUCCGAGUCCAGUGAGAGGCGGCGCAGGUGGGGCCUCUUCAUCCCGAGCAGCAGAAAUCGCUGAUAUUAAAAACACAACUACAAGCAAAACAUCCAGUAAACAAGCGAAAAAUGCCACACCGUUGCAAUUGCUGACUAAGGAGCAGCUUUCUGUGUCUACCGAGAUUGCCCAGGAGCUGAAGAACACCUUCGCAAAGAUGCAGGACCACGCCCGAUCCUACGAUUUUCUUUCCACCGCGAUGCAUCUCUUCACUGCGCCAGACUCGGAAAUUCGUUGUUCCGUUUGCAACACAGAAGUGAACCCGCUUCUCGCCGCCAAAAUCCGCAGUAGUUUCGCCGUGGCGAAAUGUGGGCAUCUUUUCUGCAAAGCGUGCUUGAAGACGCGUGUGCAGAGUGAAAAAAAGUGCUGUCAUCCAAACUGCCAGCAGCCGCUAGCCACACUGGAACCCCCGGAUGUGUAUUUCGGGCCAAAGAAUGUGAACAGUGAUGGCAGUGCGAUAGUGGCCGCCGUUGCGGGAGAUGAUAACGAAGCUGGUGGUCGUGGUGAAGAUUCGUCUCUCGCGUUCGGCGGUGGUAGUAGUUCGUCAUCUUCCGAAUCUUCAUGUGAUGAAGAGUUGGAUGACCACGACGACAAUAACAACCCUGCUCUUGCAAAAAAGCGGCGGCGCAUCGAGCCAGCAAACCAAAAACCAUACCGCCAGCUCGCGAAGCUUCGCAAACCGGUGGAAAGCGCCUCGCUGAAGGCUGUGCCUGGUGCAGUCGUCAUCGCCCCGGGAAGUUUUCACCACUUCGGGUCGAAAAUCGAGGCGGUUUGCAAGGAACUGCGCCGGAUCAAAGUGGAAUUUCCGGGCGAGAAGGUGAUUGUCUUCGUCCAAUGGGCGGGGAUCGAGAACAAGCUGGCGACGGCGUUCACAAAGUACAACUUCAACUACAUGCAGCUCCAUGGAGGCAGCUACAAGCAGAACAGAAUCAUCAACAGCUUCAAAGAAGACGCAUCUUCCGAAUUCGGCGAGUCCCCGGAAAUUCUGCUGCUGAGUUUGGAAACCCAAGCAAGCGGGACCGACUUAUCACGGGCAAGCCACGUCUUCUUGGUCCACCCGAUGUUAGGGCGAACCACCGCAGAAGCGAUGGCCUACGAACAGCAAGCGACAGGGCGGGUGAUCCGCAUGGGGCAAAAGCGGACGGCGCACAUCUACCGCUUCUACACGCGUGGCACCGUGGAGGAGAAACUGCACUUGAAGGCAAGGCAGGCACCUUGCUAGUCGGUGCGUUCCAGCAGAGACGCAUGCUCCGGAGCAGCACAAUUAGAAACUCGCGCGAUUAUUUAUGCAUUUGUACUAGCUUGACCCACUAAAAAUCAUUCAAAUUCUGUACUGAAGGAGACCUUCCAACGACGAUCGCCCUUGUUCUGUUGAUGUAUUACGAAGAACUGCGAUCAGCGGUAAGGGUCCACCCUGAACAAGAUCCACUACAACCAAGCUGGAAGAGUCAUCUCGUUAGUCGUUACGCAACAAAAUCCAGCUUCAGAUUAGAUAAACAAUAUAUGACUGGGACUACAUUCUGAGUUGUCAAUCUAGUCCAAAGUGCUGAAUGAAAAAGAACAGCUGUUAU